AUGAAUAUCGAUAAUCUUUUUAAAGGUUUAUUACACAAUCGUUAUGUUAGAACAAAGAUAUUCAAACAUGUAGAGAUCAUACAUCAACAAAUCAUUGAUAGUGAUUCGAGGAACCGUUACGUACUAGUACUCAAAUCACAUCAGAUAGUGACUCUAUGUCAAUGUAUCAUUUUAAAUAGAACCGAUCUAUUCAUUAAACACUUUGAUAGUGUCUAUCAAUCGAGUCUGUUAUCAUCAUCAUCCUCUCUGAAUGAAAAAGAGGAGUCCAUUUAUAAAAGUGAAACAUUCAAACAGAUAUUGAAUACUAUAUUUGAAUACGACGGAUAUGUUGCAUUGGAAUAUUUGUUUAAAAGGUUUGGAGGCAUUGAAAAGUCAACACUAAGAUCGAUUGUGUUUGGAAACGUCUUUGCCCACCCGGUACCGAUAGGUUUGUGUAGACUUUUAAUUCGGUACAACUAUCAUUUACCUGAUAGUAGGGAUAAUGAAACUGAUCACUUUAUCUUUAUUGGUCAACUUACAAGACAUGUGGUCAUGAAUGGCGAUGUGGAGAUGUUUGAUCGUAUUUGUCGAGAUUAUCUGGAUGAUAUCAGUAAUAUUGGUUUCUAUGGUCAAUGGGGAUCAUUCGCCGAUUUAAUCAACAAAUUAAAUAAUCAACAAAAACAACAACAUCAUACAACCAUAACAAAUAAUCAAUCAAAAUAUGAUAUAAUAUUUGAUAUGGUAUCAGAACUAUUACUCUUUGGUCAAGAUUUAAGAUUAGUUUUAUUUUUGGAUGCAUUGGAAUGCUUAAAUAAUCAAGAGAUUAUCAGAUGGAUAAUAGAUAGUUAUGACGUAGGACGUGAAGGAUUUAUAAAAAUGUUUCAACAAUCUCGUGUUGUUGGUUACAUUGAAAGAUAUGCAAACAAGAGUACACUUGAAUUAAUAGAAUUCAAACUAUCGUCACCUCUAGUAUCAACCGAGGCAACUCGAUAUGGAAAUUUAGAUUUUCUAUCAUACAUGUAUGACGCGGAGGAAUUCAAUUAUCUUUUUAACAAUACACAUCUCCAGACCUCAUUAUUUAGAGGACAAUUGGAAUGUACCAAUUAUUUAAUGACAAUUGCCGCCAAACAAGGCGUAACAUCACUAUUAAAAUAUGGAAAAAUAAAUCCAUCAAUCGUGUCAUUGGAUCUUGUCAAACGAUUGGUUGAAUGUCAAUGUCAAAUGGCUGAUUUGAAUCAAUUGGUUGAAUCUAUCAUCCUAUCAAAUCAACCUGAAACACUAAGGUUUAUCCUAAAUUUACAACAACACCACGGAGAAAUUGACAUGAAUCUAGUCUCUUUGUCUCUUAGAGUAGACAACACUGUCAUCACUGAAAUGUUGUUGGACCUCUUCUCGGGUGAUCAAUCCCAAACCUUUACUCUUUCUCAAGACAAUAACCUAUUUUAUGGUCCACUAUUAUCUCUUUUCAACAGAGGUCACACUGUCCAAUUUGAACUAAAUGAGGAGGUCCAUGACACUACAAGAAAUCAAACACCCAUCUCACCAGAGACUGUUCAAUUAUUAAUCGAUCGUCUGUCGAUUGGAAGAAUACCACCACGGGUGUUACUUUCAUCUUUAAAACAUCCACAUUUCAAGCACAUCAAGGAGUUGGGAGAAACAUUAUCCCGUUUUAACAUGCUCUAUCAAGACGGCAUACGGUCACUCCGCCUCUUACAAAUCAUUCAAGUUUUUUUGACUGAAUUGUGUAAGAAAACGUUGGACAAUUCUAUAGAGUUGCUGAAAGAUUGGGUCCAGGAAUUUGGAGACUUGAUUUUUCAAACAUCAAUACAACACCAUCAAAUUCAAUUGGCAACAGACAUUGGACAAUUAUUUAGCACCUCUCAUAACGAGGAGGAAAUGAGUGAAAAGAAAGUGUUUCUUAUUCUGGAUACAUUUUUCGAGAUUGAAAAUGAUCAAGACUUUGAAAUGAUUUGGCAAUCAUUUCUACCUGUGACAACCAGCUCUUUUUAUGUGUCCAAGAUGAUCUCACAAAGUACCAAUUUUCUAUUUUCCCAAAGACAUCGAGUCACCGAUACACUAGAUAGAAUCAUCAAGCAAUACACUCGACAUUAUAAUGGACCAGAGCGAGACCAAUUCAAUAUGACACCAAUCAAAAUCAACAAUGAAUUGACAAUGGAUCCUCUUAAUAUCCACCAUCUAUUUACCAAUUAUAGGGACUGUCCAAUCAUUGAUUUCACUGAUUUCAAUUUAGAAGGAGAAGAGGAAGAUAGAUCUAUUAUGGUAGUUUUAGAACCUAUUCAUUUUUAUAGCUCAGAGAGUUAUUUUAAAGGCAUCUAUCUCACUUUUGCAGUGGGUAGAAUCAUAUUGGUUCGAGAUUGGGUAUUUUUGGAUCCUUACCUUUUACCUCUUUUAUGGUACUGUGAGUGGCGACCUCUAUUCGAUCAAUCCCCGUGCAAAGAUCAUCGUCAAUCGAUGUCUCAAAAUCGCAGUGUCGCUACUAACCGUCGCGAUGGUGUCCAUUUGCAUUGCGCUCGUCGCCGACUGGGAACACCAGGAAACCACCGACUUUGCCUAUUAUGUGGUGCUGAUGGCUUUUGUCUUUUUUGCCGGUGGAUUGUUUUCCUACCACGGCUACCAUCUGACUAA